AACAUAUUUCCAUAAAAAUGAGGUUAUAUUUAUGAGUGUAUAUUUAUUUUAUGGCUUUGUAUUUUGUAUGUUGAUGGAACUUGUUUUUAUUUUUGCUAAAAUGUAAACUUUAUGUUUGUGAAAAUAAUAUAUAUUUUAAAAGGCAUAGUAUAAAACAUGUAAAAACUUCCUAUGAAAGUUACAACUUAAUUUUUCACAUCCCUAACUUUACACUUUAUGUAUUACAAUCACAGACCAUUUAGCCUAUUAUAAUUGAAAUUUUAUCAAUUACUAGAAAUCAAAUUAGAGUGGUUAACAAUCUUCUACUUUACUGUACAGACAACAAGUGCUAUGUGGUAUCUGAUAAAGGCAUUUGGUUAUCAUCCAGAUUGUGAUAAAGAAUUAUAAUCUGAUAAUUCGACAGUCGUCAUAGAGGCCUCCUAUUUGGAUGUAGUGCGUAAUGUAUGUGUUGUGAGGCGAAUCUCAGUGUUUGAAAUGGCAGGCCAAAUACAGUUAGCAAACCUGGUUUGGCUGAAGCCACAAGGCAACUCGGAGUUCGACAUCCCUACUGCAGCUAAGGUGCUGAAGAGUAGCGGCAACAGCCUUCAGGUCCAAGAUGAUGAUGGCAAGGUGUACUCGGCAACCAUCAACGAUGUAUUAAAGCCACUUCAUGCGACGUCGGUGGCCGGCGUUGAAGACAUGAUAACUCUGGGGGAGCUCCAGGAAUACACAAUCCUUAGAAACCUCCAUAUAAGAUACAAGCAGCAGUUGAUAUAUACUUAUACGGGGUCCAUGUUGAUCGCGAUCAAUCCAUACGAGAUCCUCCCAAUCUACACUAUGGAUCAGAUACACUUCUACCAGGCAACGAACAUAGGAGACGUGCCGCCGCACAUCUUCGCCAUUGGGGAGAGUUCCUUCAGGGAACUGAAGCAAACUACGACAAAUCAGUGCAUUGUCAUCAGCGGGGAGAGUGGUGCGGGAAAGACAGAAAGCACAAAACUACUUUUGCAAUAUUUAGCCGCAGCCAGCGGUAAACAUUCCUGGAUAGAGCAACAGAUACAGGAAACUAAUCCAGUACUAGAAGCGUUUGGAAACGCAAAGACGGUAAAAAACGAUAAUUCGUCGAGAUUCGGAAAAUACAUCAACAUAUAUUUCAGCAGGAAAGGAGUAAUAGAAGGUGGCAAUAUAGACCAAUAUUUACUUGAGAAAUCGCGUAUUGUUUUUCAAAAUAAAGGAGAAAGAAAUUAUCACAUUUUUUACUCCUUGGUCGAAGGUCUGUCUCCUGAUGAGAAAAUGAAACUAGACCUCGGUCGGACGGCCGAUUACUAUUAUUUAAAUUCUGGAAAUAUGCUCACAUGCGAAGGUCGUAACGACAGCCUAGAAUUUGCUGAUAUAAGGUCUGCAUUCAAAGUUCUAAACUUCUCUGACCCUGAGGUGUGGUCUAUAUUCAGCAUGUUGGCAGCCAUUUUGCACUUAGGAAAUUUGAAAUUUAAAGGUUUCAAUGUAAAUAAUAUGGAAUCGUCCGAAGUAGCUGAUAUGAUAAAUGCCAGCAGAAUCGCGUCUCUUAUUGGUGUGAACAAGUCUGUUCUGUGUGAUGCCCUAACAAGGAAGACAUUUGUCGCGCACGGGGAAAAGGUUGUGUCCACUAUAUCCGUAUCAGCGGCCUUGGAAGGCAGAGAUGCGCUGGUCAAAGCGAUAUACGGACACAUAUUCGAGUACAUAGUCGAAGGGAUAAACAAAACUUUACAUAAAGACCAACAGCUGUCCAGUGGUUCUGUAGGUAUACUAGAUAUAUUUGGUUUUGAAAAUUUCGAGUCGAAUAGUUUUGAACAACUUUGCAUCAACUAUGCAAACGAGAAUCUACAACAGUUUUUUGUCAAGCACAUAUUUAAAUUGGAGCAAGAACAGUAUGAGAAGGAGGGUAUAGUUUGGUCGAAUAUAAAUUACGUAGACAACCAGGAAAUGCUGGAUAUGAUAGGGUUGAAGCCAAUGAACCUUUUAUCCCUGAUAGACGAAGAGUCGCGGUUCCCCAAAGGUACUGAUGUCACGCUCCUGUCCAAACUGAAUAGCAAUCACAGCACCAAAUCAUGUUACCUAGCUCCGAAAUCAACUCACGAACAUUCUUUUGGAGUGAAACAUUUCGCCGGAAAUGUACAAUACAAAAUAAAAGGAUUUUUGGACAAAAACAGAGACAUGUUGACGACAGAUAUCAAAGAGAUGAUACUUGAUUCGAGCAACUCUUUCUUGAAAACCGUUUUCGCUCUGGAGUCAAAGCCCAGUUCGCAGAGUGGAAGGAAGACGGUGUCUUUGAGUCACCAGUUCAAGACGUCCCUGGAGUCGCUGAUGAAAACGCUGUAUGCUUGUCAUCCGUUCUUCGUGCGUUGCAUCAAACCUAAUGAAGUUAAACAACCUAGGAUUUUCGAUAAAGCAUUGUGCGUGCGACAAUUGAGGUAUGCAGGUUUGAUGGAAACAGCAAAAAUAAGGCAAGCUGGUUACCCUAUCCGCUACUCAUACUACGAAUUCGUGUACCGCUAUCGACUCAUUGUCUCCGACAUACCUCCAGCUGAUAAAACUGACUGCAAAGUUGCCGCUCAUAAAAUAUGCACAGAAGUGUUGAAAGAUGGUGAAUUCCGACUCGGAUAUACUAAAGUGUUCCUCAAAGACACACAUGACGCCAUAUUAGAAGAACUAAGACAUAAGGUGUUGUUGAGAGCUGUGGUAAAAGUACAAGCAAAUGCACGAAGAUUCGUUCUUAGGAGGCAGUUCUUAAAACUACGCGCCGCCGCUUUGACGAUUCAAAAACACUUCCGUGCUCGAGGUUACAGAAAGAGGUUCUUAGUAAUGCGCAGAGGAUACUUACGAAUACAAGCUGUCAUCAAGUCCAGAGAAUUGAGAAGGACUUUCGUGAAUUUAAGGAAAUUCUUCGCCAAAUUCCAAGCACACUGCCGAGGAUUUAUUAUAAGAAAAUUAAUUAAAGAAAAGGGCGGUAUUCUUAAAGCGAAGUUAGCUCAAUUUAGAAAGGAGAAAAAUACGGCAAUUACAUCUGGAUCUAAAGAGAAAGUGGCUGGUGAUGAGUUUGAGAAGAACUUUACGGAGCUGAUGAGGUCUAUUUGGAUAAUUAAGGAGAUCCAAGUAGACGAUCAUACGCAAAAUAACACAAUGAUCGACGAUAGAUAUGUGGAUGAUGUGUUUGGAUUUUUGAAGGACACUUCCACCCCGGGUGGUACAGUACGGGGGACUGGAUUUGGUGUGGUAACUACACCAAAACCGGUGGUAUCAGAUGUGAUCCCUAUACCACAAGAGCCACAUGAGGAACCCAUUGAUGAGUACAACUUUAGGAAAUUCGCAGCCACUUACUUCGUCGGCAACAGCACCCACCAAUACUCAAGGAAGCACCUGAAAUAUUCUCUGCUAGAAUUACCCUCACCCAUAGAUAAGGAAGCGGCCUUAGCCCUGUGGAUUACGAUAUUGAGGUUCAUGGGAGAUCUAGCGGAACCAAAAUAUGUUGACGAUAAAAUUGAUAAUGUUCCAGUAAUGACCAAGUUGUCUAAUACGGUUGGUCGCGCUUUCGCGAAGAGUAAGGAAUUCGAGGAACUAUUAUCUCAGGAUAAAUAUGACAAAAAGAUGAUACACAAAACAUUGAAACGUCAGACAAAGUUGAACGAGGAUCUUAUGAAAAGCUUGGUCAACGACGAAGUGACUAUAGACAUGUACAGCCGUUGGCUGAACUCGCGUCGGAGCACCAACCUGGAGAAGUUGCACUUCAUCAUCGGCCAUGGGCUCAUCAGGAAAGAGCUGCGAGACGAAAUCUUCUGUCAGCUCUGUAAGCAGCUCACCAACAAUCCAUCCAAAGCGUCGCACGCCCGCGGCUGGAUCUUGCUCUCGCUGUGCGUCGGCUGCUUCCCGCCGUCCGAGCGCUUCGUCAAGUACCUCCGCUCCUUCAUCCGCAGUGGGCCCCCCGGCUACGCCCCCUACUGCGAAGGAAGACUACUUAGAACCUUCAAAAACGGGUCUCGCACACAACCCCCUAGCUGGCUAGAACUCCAAGCCACAAAAACAAAAAAACCUGUCCUACUAUCCGUAACCUUAAUGGACGAACAAGUCAAAACUAUCCAAUCGGACUCAGCCACCACAUCAGAAGAGAUAUGCCAACAGAUAGCCGAAAACAUCGGACUGAAAGACACUUUCGGUUUUUCUUUGUACAUAACUUUGUAUGAUAAAGUACUUUCAUUAGGAAGCGAGGGAGAACACAUUAUGGACGCGAUUUCUCAAUGCGAGCAGUUCGCUAGAGAACAGGGGACACCAGAAAAAAAUGCGCCUUGGAGGUUAUUCUUCCGUAAAGAAGUAUUUACACCAUGGCACAACCCCACCGAGGAUUCUGUAGCUACAAAUCUUAUUUAUUGCCAAGUUGCGAAAGGAGUUAAAUUUGGUGAAUACCGCUGUAAUAACGAACAAGAUUUGGCCAUGUUAGCUGCUCAACAACACUAUAUCGAAUACGGUCCAAGAAUAGAUCCAAAUGUUCUACGUAAAGUCAUUGUAAAUUAUAUACCAAAUCAGUUUAUACAAUCUAAUGAUGCUGCCUUGACAAAAUGGGAACAUUUAGUAACAAAAGCAUUUGAGUCAUCACAGAGUGUGCAGUCCAAAGUAGACCCAUUGAGAUGUAAAGAAGAUAUCGUUAUAUUCUCCCAAUUAAAAUGGCCAAUGUUAUUCUCCCGGUUCUUUGAAGCACUUAAAUUGAAAGGAGAUACAAUCAGCAAAGAACUUGUUAUAAUUGCUGUCAACUGGACUGGAAUUUAUAUUGUUGAUCAAACAGAAACCAUACUACUUGAAAUCUCUUUUUGCGAGGUUACUUAUGUGGCUUAUAAUGAAGAUAAAGAUUUGGAUAAUGUUGGAAGGAUAACAAUAAGAACCGUACAAGAAGAGGAAUUCGAAUUCCAGAGCGUUGAUGCCGGCGAGAUGAGUUCUCUAAUAAUUUAUUUGAUAGACGGCUUAAAGAGACGGUCCAUCUUUGUGAUAGCUCAAACGGACUCUCAGGGUUACAGCGAUGCUUCAUCUUUUUUGCAAUACAAGAAGGGAGACCUUAUAACUCUUUUACAAGACUGUACUGGAGAGACUUUAAUGAACUCAACGUGGGGCCACGGAUUAUGUAACGGCCAGGAAGGCCUCUUCCCCACUGAACAAGUCUACAUUCUGCCGACAAUGUCUGAGCCCAACAGUGCUACAUUAGAAGUGUUCAAAAAAGGCAAUUUCACUAAAGAUAAGAAAAUCAAAUCUAAAUACAACACAAUACAGCGUAAGCGAAUGUAUACACUUGAAAAGUUCGCUAAAGAGUACUUCAGGGAGAACACGGAAGCGAAUAGUAGCGUAUCGAGUGCGUCCACGUUGACUACUGCGAAGAAGAAUGUAACCGCUGAUUUGUGGGUCCACAGUCGCGAUCCCCUUCGGAAGCCUUUACUGAAGAAACUGUUAGAGAACGAGAACCUAUCGAAACACGCAGUCAUGGCUUACAUGGGCCUAUUGAAAUACAUGGGAGACAUGCCUGCGCCAAAAGCGAGGGCCGUAACAGAGUACACUGAUGAAAUAUUCCGAGCUGCUAUCAACGAAUCAUUAUUGAGAGACGAAGUUUACUGUCAAAUUAUGAAACAGCUGACGAACAACAGGAUACAGCUGAGCGAAGAGCGAGGAUGGGAGAUCAUGUGGCUCGCGACUGGAGUGUUUGCAUGUGGGCCUGUGUUGCUGAAGGAGCUGGUCGAAUUUCUAAAGACACGGCCUCAUCCGAUAGCAAAGGAAUGUUUGAAGAGAGUGUUUAGGAUACAAAAGAGCGGUUCGAGAUUGUACGCUCCGUAUGUGGUGGAAGUGGAAGCGAUUCAGCACAGGAGUCUGCAGAUAUACCAUAAAGUGUACUUCCCUGAUGAUACGGACGAGGCGUUCGAGGUGGAUUCGUCGACGAAGGCAAAGGAUCUGUGCGAGCAGAUCACUGGCAGACUCAGCUUGAAGAACAGCGACGGGUUCAGCUUGUUCGUGAAAAUCGCCGAUAAGGUGUUCUCGGUGCCUGAAAACUAUUAUUUCUUCGAUUUUGUUCACGAACUCGUUGAGUGGAUGAAGCAAACGCGGCCCGUUCGCGGAGCGGCUCAAGUGCAAAUGAAUUACCAGAUAUUCUUCAUGAAGAAAUUAUGGAUAAACACUAUCCCUGGACGAGACAAGAACGCUGACCAAAUAUUCUACUACCCACAAGAGUUGCCAAAAUAUUUGCGCGGCUACCACAAGUCCUCUAAGCAAGAUCUAAUAGAACUAGCUGCCCUUAUUUACAAAGCAAGAUUUGGAAGUGACCAGUCUUUGUUGCCUCGAAUCACGGAAAUGUUAGAGGAGUUUAUACCACCCGAUAUGGUCAGGUUGCAAUCGAACUCUGCGUGGAAAUCUUCGAUCGGUGCGGCAUACGUGCAACUAGGGAUAAUGACGCCAGAGGAAGCCAAAGAGAAGUUUUUGAAAAAGAUUUACCAGCUGCCCACGUUUGGUACAGCAUUCUUUGAAGUGAAGCAGACCUCUGACCCGGCCUACCCUGAAAUGGUUGUUGUUGGAAUAAAUAAAAAUGGUGUUAGCCUCAUACAUCCACAAAGUAGAGAGGUGCUUAUAACACAUCCAUUCUCUCAAAUAUCCAACUGGUCGUCUGGCAACACGUUUUUCCACAUGACAAUGGGCAACUUCAUUCGUGGAAGAAAAAUAUUAUGCGAGACUUCGCUGGGAUAUAAAAUGGAUGACCUCAUUUCGUCAUACAUAGCUGUAUUACGGCAAACAAUGCAGAAGUCGAAAUCUAACUAAAAAGUCAGUAAUCACAAAGCUAAUGUAAAUAGGUAGUAAUUUUCGAAUUAUAUUGAUGUCAAUAUAUUACUGUAUUACUUAAUAAUUCUUUCAUUAAUAAUAAAAAAAUAUGUAGAUAUGA